CAUAUCAAUGAUAAUAGUUCAAUGAAGUUGACUAUUUUGCAUGUACCUAAAGUCCAUUAUACAAUAAAAAUGAUGUUAGAUUUGGGGUUUUCACGGCGGUGAUGUUGGAAAUGUUUCUGUAAAUUAGGCCUAAAUUAAGUUACAUUCGUUUUUUGAUGUCACACAUUAACAUUAUGCAUUAUGAAAGUAGUCAUCAUAGUAUCAAGAAUUAGAUUUCAUCACUGAAAUGGAGGCCUUAUCAAUUUUAUUAACUCUUUGUAUUGUAUUAGCAACUUCUUUAUCUGGAAUUUUAUAUCCAAGAGAAUCUGAGAGCCGAGAAGUAGUUUCAUUGGAUGGUAUCUGGAAAUUUCUUACAUCCCCAACUGAAGAUCAGGAGAAUGGGUUUAGAAACAAAUGGUAUUCCACACAUUUUGAAAAGUGGAUACAGAUGCCUGUUCCGUCCAGUUACAAUGAUGUAACUGUUAAUUCUGCAAUACGUGACUAUGUUGGUUGGGUAUGGUACCAACAUGAAUUCUAUGUUCCUAAGCGUUGGUGGGCAGAUAAGCAACGUGUGGUACUACGAUUUGGCAGCGUUCAUUAUACAGCAAUGGUGUGGGUGAAUGGUAAGAAAGCAUGUGAACAUUCUGGUGGACACCUGCCAUUUCAAGCUGAUAUUACACAACUGCUUCUAUACGGUACUGCCAACAUCGUGACUGUAGCAGUGAACAAUACCCUGACCCCAACUUCCCUUCCCCAAGGUUUUAUUCAGCAUCCCAAUGAUACAUCCAGGUAUCCACCUGGUUAUAUACUGUUCCACCAUGACUUUGACUUCUUCAAUUAUGCUGGUAUCCACAGGCCUGUUUAUUUGUAUACCACUCCACAGACAUACAUAGAUGAUAUCACAGUUAUAACCGAUAUAGAUGGAGACGUUGGCAUCAUCAAGUAUGUAGUGAAAUAUAAGAACAAACUGAUGGAUCUCUCUUCAACACCUCUCUGCACUGUUACCGUGUUUGCGCAAAAUGGAACGAGAAUAACUUCAGUUAUAGGACUCACUGGCAAAAUACAUAUUCCUAAAGCAAACUUUUGGUGGCCAUACCUCACAAGCCCAACUCCUGGAUACCUUUACACACUUAAGAUUCAUCUAAACUCUGAAACAGGUGACGAUGUUUAUAGAUUACCAAUUGGUAUUAGGAAGAUCUCUUGGAAUGCCACUACAUUUUUAAUCAAUAACGUACCUACUCACAUGCGGGGAUUUGGAAAACAUGAAGAUUCAAAUUUACGUGGUAAGGGUUUAGACUAUACCCUGCUAAUUCGAGAUUAUAACCUCAUCGCCUGGCUUGGAGCAAAUGCGUACAGGACAUCACAUUAUCCAUAUGCAGAAGAGGCACUGGAUAUGGCAGACGCACUUGGAAUAAUGAUAAUUGAUGAGAGUCCUGCCUGCACCAUCGACUACUUCACAGAUGAACUACUGCAGAAACAUAAAGCAGUAAUGACUGAACUGGUACGGCGGGACAAGAACAGACCUAGUGUUGUGAUGUGGUCACUUGCCAAUGAACCAAGGUCUUUCAGAAAUGAAUCAAGAAAAUAUUUCAGUGCGCUGGUGAAUCUUACAAAAUCGUUGGAUACGACACGGCCAGUGAGUUUUGUGACCAGCCAGACAGCUGAUACAGAUAAAGCUGUGCAGUUCAUGGAUAUAAUAUGUGUAAAUCGUUACCCAGCGUGGUACAGUGAUUCUGGGCGAACUGAUCUGAUUCAACUGCAGGUGAAGAAUGAACUCGCUAAAUGGCAUCACGUAUUCAAUAAGCCUGUGCUCGUUACAGAAUAUGGAGCUGGAUCAGUAAUUGGAAUGCACACGGCUCCAUCUUCCAUGUGGACAGAAGACUAUCAAGUGGUCACCUUGAAAGAACACUUCAAGGCCUUUGAUGCUCUAUAUAAAGAAGGCUUCCUCAUAGGCGAGAUGAUCUGGAACUUUGCAGAUUUUGCUACACCCCAAGAAUAUAUUCGUCCUGGAGGGUGCAAGAAAGGGCUUUUUUCUCGGGAACGGCAACCAAAAAUGGCAGCCCAUAUCACCCGUUGGCGCUACUGGACACUGGCACAAAACUCUACCAACAUAACACUGCCAGAUGACUUGUUAUUUGCAGGUCCCUAGUGUUAAUGUUGUACCAAUUAUUUUUAAAGCUGCAGCAUGAAAUGUUGGAAUCCCAUGACGAGAAUCUAGAAAGAACUUCAUUGCUUCUCGUAGUACUGUUAAAAAGAAGGCAAUAAUGAUUGAUUCUUAGAUAUGUGAAGAUUAAAUCUUGGAAAAUAAAUUAAAACACAAUCAGAGUUACACAUUAACUUCUCCAUAUACAAAAGUACACUAAAUGAACUCACUUCUUUGCUGCCUCCGUCAUCACUCUGAUGACAGAGGCAGCAAGGACCUCUGAAAUGUCGGUAAACUUCUACCAGACUACA